AUGGAAAAAGAGAAGGAUGAAGAAAGAGAUGUCUUUGUCUCAUCACAUAAAUGUGUCCUGGUGAAAGGGCAGCGAGAGGAGAAACGGGGUCAAGAGAUUUUCCACUACGUAGGUGGAGCUGCCUACUUGGAUAGCAAAGGCCCAUUCCGGGACCGUCUGGAAUUUGUAGGGAACCCCAGUCGCCGUGAUGGCUCUAUCCUGAUCAAGAACCUCGACUUCUCAGACAACGGAACCUUCACCUGUGACGCCAAGAACCCACCUGACAUUGCCGGCCGCCCCUCCAGCGUUCGACUGCUGGUGUUUGAGAAGGCCUCUCAGAUUACGGCUAUUGUUGUGUACACAAGCUGGGAGAGACAUGCGCUGGUGGGCUCAGAUGUCAGACUCUCUUGCUCUUUCUUCUCUUGGCAAUGGACUUCUCCAGACGUAACCUUCUCGUGGCACUACCGUCCAGAUGGGGCGAAAGAAGGCAUCGCAAUUUUCCACUACGUAGGUGGAGCUGCCUACUUGGAUAGCAAAGGCCCAUUCCGGGACCGUCUGGAAUUUGUAGGGAACCCCAGUCGCCGUGAUGGCUCUAUCCUGAUCAAGAACCUCGACUUCUCAGACAACGGAACCUUCACCUGUGACGCCAAGAACCCACCUGACAUUGCCGGCCGCCCCUCCAGCGUUCGACUGCUGGUGUUUGAGAAGGUUCCAGUCCAGGCUGGUGUGAUAACAGGGGCCAUUAUUGGCGUAGUGUUGGGACUGCUGAUCCUCAUUGUGGCAAUUUACUAUCUGAUGCGUUUCCUGGUCGCCAGACGAGUGUUCAGCUUGAGCAUGAGUAAACAUGGCAAGAAAGGCAAAGGAAAAGAAGGAUCACAGCAAAAACAGGCUUUGGCUGUGACGGAUCCGGCCAAGCUGAAGGCGGCAGCAUCAGAGAAGAAGAAACAGGAGUCUCGCAGGGAGAAGAAAUAGGGAUUGUGGAGCAGAGAGCUAGAGCUCCUGAGCGGGGCCUCCUCCACCCAGACCCAAGCCCAGGAAGAGGCAGCGGGGAUGGGCAGGCAGGGCAGGGUUCUUAUGACCAUUGAGCUAGAGCUCACUAAACAGGAGAGAGAGGGAGGGCAAACUAAAACGAGUCCCGCCGCGUUCUUUUCUCAACUCGCGCGCAAAAUCGCUCUCAAGUGAAAGAGACGGGUAUGAAAAGAGGGAGUGGUGGAGAGUUUUGGAGGCGAGGAGUGAAAGAUGAAUCUUUAAAAACAGGAGGACAGGAGAGGGGUGAAGUUUGUCUCAUUUUACUUCCAACUAAAUAAAAUGUGUGGUUAAAAAAAAAUACAAAAAUACUGUGUCCAAUCUAGGUGCGGCACAAUAAAGCUACAAACUACAAGCAACAAACGCAAUCGCUAUGAAUUUUGUUGCAGCUGUGACCAGAUAUUUUAUAAUUAUAAU